CAUGCGCUGCCUUGACGCGUGCGGUGGUCUCGCUUCUGUCCGUUCGGAGAGAUUUUCUCUCCGCGUAUCCGCAUCCAUACGGAGUCCGUCCGACGUCUGGAGUUCUGGCUCUGCACUGCGACUCAGGCUGCGGAUGAUGCGGUUUUAUCUUCGGGCGAUGGACCUGGAAGCCCGGGCCCGCAGCGGCAGCAGGGAGGAGGCCCCGACGCCCCCUUGUUCUGACCUAAACCACGGCACAGACGGCCGCGCUGCCUGUUAACUAGCAGGCGGAGGCCGGCUAGCAUUCGGCCCCAGCGGAGCUCAGAGGGAGGCGCCGUGGGGAAGGAAAGCGGGAUUAUUUCUUCCCUGUUGGAUCGAUUACACCCCCAUCCCUCGUACUUACUGCUCAUCACAAGGAUGUUUGUGUUUUAUUUUUAUUUUUAUUUUUUUUUGUAAACUGGUGCAGAUCGGAGGCUCAGCUAGCUCUGAGCUAGCUGUCCCAGUUAGCUUCUCUCCCCGGCUGCCUGAUAACGGAGGCUCCGGUAGACAGCCUCUCGGUGCUUCGUGAACAUUUAACGGACCUCACCGGGGUUCGGGGAGCCCGACAAUGGCCGCCAAUUUAAUCAAGGAGAUCGUGAGCAGGAAUAAAAGGCGGUUCCAGGAGGACGGCUUCGACCUGGACCUAACUUACAUAUAUCCUAAUAUUAUUGCAAUGGGUUUCCCCGCCGAGCGCCUGGAGGGAGUUUACAGGAACAACAUUGACGACGUGGUUCGGUUUUUAGACUCAAAGCACAAGAAUCACUACAAAAUCUACAAUCUGUGUGCGGAGCGAAAUUAUGACACAUCAAAGUUCAACUGUCGAGUGGCCCAGUACCCGUUCGAGGACCACAACCCGCCCCAGCUGGAGCUGAUCAAGCCGUUCUGUGAGGACCUGGACCAGUGGCUGAGCGAGGAUGAACAGCACGUGGCGGCCAUCCACUGCAAGGCAGGAAAGGGGCGGACCGGCGUGAUGAUCUGCGCCUACCUGCUGCACCGAGGGAAGUUCCAGGAGCCUCAGGAGGCCCUGGACUUCUAUGGAGAGGUCCGCACCCGUGACAAGAAGGGUGUGACCAUCCCCAGCCAGCGGCGCUACGUGGUCUACUACAACUACUUGCUGAGGAACCGGCUGCAGUACAAACCCGUGGCCCUGCUCUUCCACAAGAUGAUGUUCGAGACCAUCCCCAUGUUCACCGGAGGAACCUGCAACCCCCAGUUUGUGGUGUACCAGCUGAAGGUGAAGAUCCACACGUCUAACCCCACCCACACCAGGCGGGAGGACAAGCUGAUGCUGUUCGAGUUCCUGCAGCCUCUUCCUGUCUGCGGCGACAUCAAGGUGGAGUUUUUCCACAAGCAGAACAAGAUGAUGAAGAAGGAAAAGAUGUUCCACUUCUGGGUGAACACCUUCUUCAUCCCGGGCCCGGAGGAGAACUCUGACAAGUUGGAGAACGGCAGUGCUGGGACACUUCGGGACCUGACGGACAGGACGCAGCAGAACCCGGGGACGAUGGCGGCGGUGAUGACAGGAAGUGAAACUAACGACAGAGACUUCCUGGUUCUGACUCUGACCAAGAACGACCUCGAUAAGGCCAACAAGGAUAAGGCCAACAGGAAUUUCUCCCCAAACUUCAAGGUCAAACUGUUCUUCACCAAGACGGUGGAGGAGGGAGCAAACUGCGAUGCCAGCAGCACGUCGGCCUCGGUCACGCCGGACGUCAGCGACAACGAACCGGAUCACUACCGCUACUCUGACACCACGGACUCGGACCCUGAGAACGAGCCCUUCGAAGAGGACCACCACAAUCAGAUCACAAAAGUCUGACAGUCUCACACAUGCACCGUGUACACGUGUGUUAACAUCCAUGAACAGACGCGUGUACACGCAGCGAUGAACCCCGGCCCGGAACCCGGUCCGACUGGAUUCUGGAGGAAUUUAACUGACGGACCAGAACCGAUCUGUAGACUCCGGCUUCAAGGAGCUCGGAUCACAUUACCCCCCCAUCCCCCCCUCCCCUUACUCUGUUCACACCUGGACAAUCACGAUAUGGUGAGCAGCAUUGAGAGGGCGGGGCUAUGUGUGUGGGCGGGGCCAAGCCGGGCAACAGAUGAAUGGACGGAUUUUACCAGAUUUAAAAGGAGUAAAACUUGAAUAUAAACAAACUGAAAGAUGAGUAGACUUCUUUAUUGACGUCCCCAAGAUGUUUGUUGGUUCAGUCCCUCGUUUCCUUCCUUCCACCCUUCCUUCCUGAGCAGCUUUAGGAACCUUCCUGCAGACGGAUCCUAUUUGCGGCUCAGUGUCGGAGUGUCGGCCUCAUCUCUGUGCCCCUGUUUUUAAGCCCAAAUUCACAUCCAACAUUUUCUCUGAAACAUUUCUUUUAUCGACUUCAGAUCAACUUGUGAUAAUAAUUCGCGGCCGGUCCUUCAUCUCUUCUGAUCGAAUUAGUCGGUUUAUCGGAGUGAAGGAUCAAUGAUUUUGAUUUGGGAAACAAACUAAAGUCAGAAGGUUUUGUUUUAAAAGAGUCUGAAGAAACGUCGAAUGUGGUUUGUCCUUCCUCGGCUCAGACCCGGACCCGUCCAGACCGGGCCGAUGCCGACGGCUCCGUCCUCGACUCAGACCUGGACCUGUCCGGACUGAUGCCGACGGCUCCGUCCUCGGUCCUCGGCUCAGACCUGUCCGGACUGAUGCCGACGGCUCUGUCCUCGGCUCAGACCUGGACCCAUCCAGACUGAUGCCGACGGCUCCGUCCUCGGCUCAGACCUGGACCCAUCCGGACUGAUGCUGACGGCUCCUUCCUCGGUCCUCGGCUCAGACCCAUCCGGGCCGAUGCCGACGGCUCCGUCCUUGGCUCAGACCCAUCCAGACCGGGCCGAUGCCGACGGCUCCGUCCUCGGCUCAAACACGUCCGGACUGAUGCCGACGGCUCUGUCCUCGGCUCAGACCUGGACCCGUCCAAACUGAUGCCGACGGAUCCGUCCUCGGUCCUCUGCUCAGACCCGUCCGGACUGAUGCCGACGGAUCCGUCCUCGGCUCAGACCCAUCCAGACCGGGCCGAUGCCGACGGCUCCAUCCUCGGCUCAGACCUGGACCCGUCCGGACUGAUGCCGACGGAUCCGUCCUCGGCUCAGACCCAUCCAGACCGGGCCGAUGCGACGGCUCCAUCCUCGGCUCAGACCUGGACCCGUCCGGACUGAUGCCGACGGCUCCGUCCUCGGCUCAGACCCGUCCGGACUGAUGCCGACGGAUCCGUCCUCGGCUCAGACCCGGACCGGUGUCGUCCCUAGAAGAUGCAGUGCACAGAUAAGUGACGACCUCGUUGUUUGAUUGAAACUGAAUCAUUGAAAGUCGCAUUCUUCACAAUCUGCCGUAGCUCUGUCAAUCUACCAUCAGCUGAUCAACCAGUGGGGGCGGUUCCUGUCUUCGUCUGUCCAAUCAGCUUCCUCGCCUACAAGAAGCAUUUUGUUGUACUCUAACUUGUAUCAAUCAUUAAGCUAAACAACAGACAAGCUAUCCACAGUAUAACCAUUCCCUCUGCUGAUCUACUCGGAUCCGACUCGGAGUUAUCCGAUGCUCUUGUAAAUAUUCUCGGGCAUGCUCAGUCUGUCUCCUCUGGCUCUCGUUCUUGUAAAGACGUAGUCAUUGUGACAUCAAUUCAUUUCAUAGUAUAAGCUACAAAAUAGUCAUCGUUCCAUUUAGAGGCUUCAGGAAAAGGAACCAGGACCAAUCGGCUCUGACAUGCUUGUGGUCUGUCUGUCGAGUACCGUUGUUCCUAGAGACGCCUGAGCACUGAAAUCCACGCAAACUGUAGCUUUAACAGCAACAGCAUGUUGACUCCUCUGUCUGAAUGAACUUUAGAGACACUCCAGUCAGAUCGCUGCUUCCUCCUGCUCAGUUGGAAUUCCCUGAACACACCGUAAUGAUCUGUUUACUCGAUUGGAGUCUCUAUUUAUCACUUCAAGGACCAUCGACCAUUCUGAUCAGGUGUGGGGAGAACUUGGAGUCUGGAUCCCUGAUAUCGGUCCUGACAUUUGGUGCUAAAUUUAUUAUCGUUCCAGUCAGUUCCAGAUCAGUAUCGGGACUCUGGAUCAGGUCAUGAGGUCAAGAAAGACUCGAUCAGAGUUGAUUACACAGGAUGCAGCAACAGCUGUGGUUAAACACAAGCCAAAGAAAGUCCAUAACCAGCUGGGCCAAGUUGAGGUGAGAGGGACGUCAAUGUGUCCAAACGGUACGAGUCCGACUGCACGAGUUCGAACGCCACAAGUUCAACUCGACAUGUCCAAACUUGUUGAGUCCAAAAGCUACAAGUCCGACUUGAUGUGUCCAAAUGUGAUGUGUUCAAAUGCGACAAGUCUGACUUGGUGAGUUCGAAAUCCAUAAGUCUUAAUGCCUCAAGUCCAAACACCAUGAGUCCGGCUUGACGAGACCAAAUGCCACGAGUCCAAGACAUAUGCAGAUGCAACGUGUCCAACUCAACUGACAUGACCCAAGUCUGACUUGACAAGUCCAAAUGUAAGGAGUCCAGCUCAACAUGUCAGACUCGCGUUCAAACGCAACGUGUCCAAGCGCGCAGUCUGACUCGACGAGUCCCACUCAGCGAGUUAGAACACAACUCCACAAGUCAGAAUGCAACGUGUCCGAACGCGAUGAGUCUGUUUCAUAGCUCAGUGAAGAGACAUCCAUGUUGGUCACAGUUAUAGGAAACUGGGUGUUUUGUAAAGUUCUAAAAGUUACGAAGUUCUUGUGUACUCAGCUAGAACUGGUUCCAGUACCAAGAGGACCCUUUCAGGUCAGUCCCAGCUCCUCCACUGGGACUCACUGUUCAGCAGGGUUGUGGUGCUCCUUUUUUUCUGGAGAAGAAGUCAUCGAAUCACCAUCUGAAUGGUGACCCAAACUGAAGGACUCGAUGACCUCCAUCCCUCCAUCCGUAUAAACGCGUAUCUGGUUCAGAGGGGAGGAACUGGGACCGGCUCUUAGUUUAAAGCUUCUGAGGAUGACAGAUCAACUAAUUUCAGCCGGUUUGAUCGUGGCUGACGUCUGAGAUCAAUCAGUCUGAGUUGUGAUCAGAUCAUUGGUCUCGAGUCCUCUCAUUUUAAAAGUGACGGUUCAUGUCGCUUCCACCUGACUGAACCAGGUAAUCUGAUAACCUGCGUCCGGUGUGAUCGGCUGAUAGUGCUGCUGUCGAACCUUCAGUCCAUCACGUUCACCUUUAGGUGCUAAACUAGCCGCGUCUGAAGCUGCGCCUGUCGUUCAUCUAUGGUGCUCAUUGCAGCUCCGUCAUCAGCGUGGCGGUCUGACCACCACUUCCUGUCCUGAGACCCGUUAGUUGACCUAGCCUCAACACCUGUUGCUUCUACUAGACGUUUAAACAAGAUACCUGCAGCUGAAAACAUCAAAACAUUUCAUGGUCAGAGUUUUGUCUUUCUUCAUCUGCUGACCUGAAGCUGUCCUACUUCCUGUCCGGGUCGGUUCUGGACGAGUUCAGGUGUCUGAGGCCAGGUGGUGCUGCCCACGUCUCUGUUACAGGUGCCAUGUCUUUUUCUUUGGGCGUAGACAACACUUUGCAGCUCAGAACAGAUCCUCCGUUGUCAACCUGUUCAGGCUUCCCGCUCCAAUCCCCCCUGACGGAAGCUUUUUGAACCGGUUCGGACUGCCUUGGACCGGUUUGGACCGUUGCUUCAGCUCGUUGUGUUUACAUCAUCAGCAGACCUGCCAACAUGAAGCUGUUUUUAUUCCUCAUGUUUCUUCCUCCUGAAGCUGUGGUCCUUCAUCCCUCCGAUCAGUGUUCAGUCACCAGAUUAACCAAUCAGCUCUCAGCGCGGGGGUGUCAUGUGGCCACACCUUCACCAGAUCAUCUGUUCUGGUGAACUCAGUCCUUUAAACUACUUAAAACCCCAUCAGACCGUGUCCUCGUUUCUACCAUUAAGAUUUCACGGCUGGUGGGUGUGGCCAGUCUUCAUGCUCACAAAGCCCCGCCCACAUUGCCAUGUUAAUUUCUAUUCGUCCCUCAGUGUUUCAUCAUGUCCUCCGUCCGUUAGAAUGCUGCCGAGAAGGUCUUAACCUUGGCCCUGGUGGCCUCGUGUCACAGAACCACCGCAGUGGAUCGGGUCUGAAUGAUUUUGAUCUGUUCUGAUCGGUCUGAUCAGUUUAACGGGGUCUUAUCAGUUCUGAUCAGAUCUGACGGGUUCUAUGAGUCUAAUUGGGUCUGAUUGGUUCUGAUGGGGACUUGUCGGCUCUGAUUGGUCCAGUUUUAUACGACUGAGUUUUCGUUACUUCUGUAUCAUCGGGUCUUUGUCUUGUUUCCACAUGUUCAGCAAACGAACAAAGUCCCCGUUAGUGUAUGACCCGUAUCACCAUGGCAACAUGUUAACCCCCCUCCUUCUUUUAUUCUGCCUCUCCUUGUUUUAUAAUAUAAUAAAGACACUGUAAAGCUGAAUAAACUAUUUAUAAACA